AUGGCAGAAAGAUUUGCAAGCGAGAAGAAUCAGAUGUUUCCAGCUCUUUCGAGAGAAACAACACAUUGCAAGGCAUCUAACAUCAGAGCCAGGCCAACACAAAGAAAUACGUCUUCGGGGAUCAAACUCCCACCAUGUCCUAAUAAUCGGAUCCCAAUGCUUACCACAAAACCCUCGGAAAAGGUGGAUUUCAUUAGAGCACCCCCAGCAGAACAAUUUGUGAACGUUCCUUCUGGAGUGAAAUUCCCAGUGAGUCCUAAACAACCUGUCCAGUUCUGUACCACCAAGCUCUCGGAAAAGCUUUAUAAGCCAAGUCCAUCAUUUGACCUUGAGGAUCCAUAUUGUCGUUUGAUGAGGACAACCUACAAUAACCUGCAUGACCCACACUUAAAAGAAUAUUACCAAAGUAAAAUACCUCGACAACGGAUACGUCAGCAGGGAUUUAUUACCAGCGAUGAUAAGGCAUCUAACAUCAGAGCCAGGCCAACACAAAGAAAUACGUAUUCGGGGAUCAAACUCCCACCAUGUCCUAAUAAUCGGAUCCCAAUGCUUACCACAAAACCCUCGGAAAAGGUGGAUUUCAUUAGAGCACCCCCAGCAGAACAAUUUGUGAACGUUCCUUCUGGAGUGAAAUUCCCAGUGAGUCCUAAACAACCUGUCCAGUUCUGUACCACCAAGCUCUCGGAAAAGCUUUAUAAGCCAAGUCCAUCAUUUGACCUUGAGGAUCCAUAUUGUCGUUUGAUGAGGACAACCUACAAUAACCUGCAUGACCCACACUUAAAAGAAUAUUACCAAAGUAAAAUACCUCGACAACGGAUACGUCAGCAGGGAUUUAUUACCAGCGAUGAUAAGGUUGUUUGCUCUUUAAAAGACUAUAAUGAGUACAGGGAGUACCUCACAAGCAUACAUAGAAAGAAAAUGAAAAAUAAGUUAGAGAAACAAGAUAGAGAAAAUUCGUCUUCGACCAAUGAUAAUCCCAAGUUAGUUAGAAAACAUACUUCUUAAUAAAAGUUCAUUAUUACUUGACGAUUUUGCCACAUGUGAUUUCCUGCAAAACAGUUCGAACAUAUGAAAAAAUGUCAUCAUACGAACAUGUGGGUUAAAAUAUGAAAUUUUAUUUAAAGAAACACUCUAGCACUAUAACAAUUUUGUCUAAUUUAAUUGGUUGUAGCGUCUGCAAUCCACGGCACCUAUUCCAUGGUUAAUGUUAAAUCACGAAUAGUUUAACACCUAAUGAGGGGCCUA